AUGAGUAUACCUUCUUCAUCGUGGUUUAACUUUUGGUCCAAUAAGAAUAAUGGCACUGAGGGAAGCAACCAGGACCAAAAUGUCCAAACAAAACAAAUUGGAGCAGAAGAAGUGUCCGAGGAAAGCGUGGGAGCAAAAAGAAAACCAGUGGCAACUUUACAACCACGACAACUAACGUUGCGACAAAAGACAUCAACCACUUCACUAGCCUCUAAUAAAACAUCAGGCGGUUGGCUAAACUGGAAAAGGGAACCGAUAAGCCAUCACCAAGCUGCAUCGGAGAAUGUCGAAGAUAUAAAUGAAGAUGAGGAACGUGAUGAUGGGAAUGAUGAGGAGAUUGAACCGACAAGUAAUAGCAACGACGAAGAUGAUGUUGCUGAUGACAAUGGUGAUGAGAUAGACGACCACGUGGCUGCCCCACGAAGAGGCAUAAAUUGGUUUUGGAAUAGCAAUUCAAAGAAUAGUGCUAAUGUAGCCAAUGGUGAUCAAUCAGCAAAGAAAGACGAGGUGGAAGAUAACAAGAAAGACGAUAAAAGGGAGGGCGUGAAGGAUGAUGUCAAAGAGGACAAGAAAGAGGACAAGAAAGAGGACAAGAAAGAGGACAAGAAAGAGGACAAGAAAGAAGACAAGAAAGAAGAAAAGGUCAGCAAAUCAAGUAUUGAGACAAACACAAUCUUGACUCCAUCGAUCCCCACUAGACAGGAGUUGACCAAUGCUGCAAAAAAAGUACCCGACGAAGUUCAACAAGAUGAUGCCGUAUUGUACAAACCACACGACAAAGCAGCCCAAUUUAACCAAAUCAAUACUCACAAAAACGAAAACUUGAAAGAAAAUGUCAUUGUACCUAACUGGUCAACGUGCCUCCCCAUAGCUUCUGAAGGACAUGUGUUUCACAAUUCUUCAACUUCAAAUCCCAACAAUUCCAAUCAAACCAUCAGAACAGAUUUAAAAAACUGGAGACAAUUCUUGACCCAAAUAUCAGCCAAGUUUGGCUUCACCAACCCUGCUGACGCAGAACAGGGGCCUGAUAACAAAGCUGAAGAAAAUGUGGGAUUACUAUACGAAAGAUCAUAUAAGCUCUACGGCAAGUCUUUGGCAGUGCUACCACAAUACAAACGUGCUUGCUUACCAAACUAUAACAAGUAUUAUCAUAGUACUGAUGAUCCAAUUUCGCAGUAUCAAGAGGAUCAAGAUGAUCCUAAUGCCAUAACAAUCACCAACGAUGCUAUGGGCAACCUCUUGAUCAACAAUAGGAACAGGAGAAGGGGCCCCGUGAACACAGAGGUUGUAAAUCACAAGUCAGGUCCUUUGAAAAAGAUUAAAAACAUUUUAAUCAUCGGAGUGCAUGGUUUCUUUCCAACGCGAAUGAUACGUCCAAUUAUUGGUGCACCCAAGGGUACUUCCUUGAAAUUUGCCAAUGAAGCAGAAAAAGCCGUCAUUCGUUAUUGUAUUGAUAACAAUCUUAUAGAUGAUGAUCAGUCGAAUGUUAGUAUUCAAAAGAUUGCUUUGGAGAAGGAAGGUAAAAUUUUCGAUCGGGUUCAUUUUUUCACUGAAAUCUUACAAAAAUGGGAAAAGGAACUCAACAAUGCUGAUUUUAUAUUCAUUGCAUCACAUUCACAAGGAUGUGUAGUUUCGAUCAUUUUACUUGCCAGGUUAAUUCGCAUGGGGAUUUUAAAGGACCCGAUACAUAAACGAAUAGGAUUACUUGGUAUGGCUGGUAUCAACAAUGGCCCAUUUUAUGGAGCUGACAAGUCAUUUUUCAUGAAGGCUUAUUCUGCCAUUGAGCAUGAGUCAUUGAAUGAAUUGUUUGAGUUGACGAAAUUUGACAGUUCUCAGUCUGUGGUGUACAGAGAAUCAAUACGAACCAUUAUCAAUGUCAAUGUGAAGAUAUGCUUCAUUGGAUCAAUUAAUGAUCAACUAGUGCCAUUAUAUUCGGCAUUGGCCUCCCAUGUAUUUCAUCCAAACAUUUAUCGUGCUUGCUAUAUCGAUUAUGCAUCUUCGACACCAACGUUUAUUGAGAAACUUGUAUCCAUUUGUUCGAAUCUUUUGAAUUUGGGGUAUUUUGACAACAAUGUCAUCAAAGAGUUGAGCACAUCCUUGGCUGGACCAUUAACGGGUGGUGGACAUUCGAAAAUUUACAAUGACGGUAAAGUAUAUGAUUUGGGGAUAAAAUAUUUUUUGGAUACAGAUGACUUGGUCAUCCCUCAUGAUGGGAAGAUAGACUACGACGAUUUUGAUAAUAGCGAGUUACCAGUUUCUAAUCAGGUUUACAUCAAGGAGUUCAAUGUGGGUAAAAUUGGCACCAAUCCGUAUAUUUUACCAUGGUGUUUACGAGGAUUGUUGUUCAACAUUGAAAAGAAUUGGCCCAGCAGAAACUAUUUUAUCAAUGAGCACGAUGGUUCCAAGGAGGAGACGAGUUUGACUAAUGGGUUCACCGAAGUGCACGAACUAUACGACACAUUUGAACAAUGGAAGCCAACGGCAAAGAUCCAUAAGGAUUUGAAGUUUAGAUUGAAUGGGUUUAGAGCAAGUAAGUUAUGA